UUAAAACAGAGUCGCGUUAAUGGACUUUUAUUUUGAAAACUCGUACGUGCGAACAUGUUUUACACAAGCCAUCCUGCAGUUGGCUUCACACAGCUCCUGAAGCUAAGGGGCUAAUAUGUCGAUGGAGGAUCCUUUUUUCGUGGUUAAAGGAGAGGUGCAGAAGGCCCUGUCCAGAGCACAGGGGCUGUUCGAGCGCUGGGAGGAGCUGCUGAAGGAAGAGACCCCCGUCAGCCGCGAUGAGCUGGACUGGAGCACCAAUGAACUCCGAAACUGCCUGAGGGCCAUCGACUGGGACCUAGAGGACCUACAUGAAACCAUCAGUAUUGUGGAGGCAAACCCUGGAAAGUUCCGUUUAGGAGAACAUGAACUCCAGGAAAGGCGGGAUUUUGUGGUGCAAACGCGGAAAUCCGUCCAGCUGAUGAAGGAGCAGCUCUCUAGUCCCUCAGCUGUGGCUCAAGCAGAGAAGAAAAACAAACAGGCUCUGCUGGGGGCCACAGCAAAGGAUUGUUACGCUGGUCUGGAGCCUCACCUAGUGUCUGCAAACUCCAGAUACAUUCAGGAGCAACAGGAACAGCAGCAGCUGAUCAUGCAGGACCAGGAUGAGCAGUUGGAGCUGGUCACAGGCAGUAUCCGUGUCCUGAAGGACAUGUCCAGCAAGAUAGGAGAUGAGCUGGAUGAACAGGCAGUUAUGCUCAGUGAGUUUAAUGAAGAGAUGGACCAGACCGGUUCAAGAAUGGACUCCGUGUUGAAGAAAAUGGAGAAAGUUUCACACAUGACUAGCAGUCGAAGACAAUGGUGUGCUAUUGGAGUUCUUGUAAUCAUACUGAUUGUGGUGCUCAUUCUGUUCUUUGCUAUUUAAUCUGGACUCUACUUGGGCCUCCGUCAUGCCAGAAGCUAACAGAAUUUCACCAUGAUUCUUCCUUCUAAGCUUCCGUUUACUUUGUGAGAAAGAGUUCAAUUCUUUUUAUCGCCUUUCCUUGUCUUUUUGAAUUCAUCUGACGCAUGUGUCUUC